CGUUCGCGGUGGCGGCGGGCGCCGGGUGAGCGCGACGGCUGGACUUGCCGGCCGGCGCCUUGGGGGCGGCCGCGGUGGAGCCAGCGGCCGGAGGCCGCGUCCGUCCAUGGGCCCACAGCGGCCGGGCGGCGGGGCGGGGCGCGAGGCGGCGCGCGCGCUCUGAGGCCGCGGCGAGCAGGCGGGGCGCGGCGCGAGAGGGGAGGCCUUUCCGGGCCUGCGGCGGCCAGCGCAAAAUGCGGCGGCGGCCGCGCUGAGUCCCCGACCCCCGGGAGAGCGCUGGGCCGUGGCGGCCCGCUCCGCGGCCGCCUAGCCGACAUGUCGGCGGCCAAGGAAAACCCGUGCAGGAAAUUUCAGGCUAACAUCUUCAACAAGAGCAAGUGUCAGAACUGCUUCAAGCCCCGCGAGUCGCAUCUGCUCAACGACGAGGACCUGACGCAGGCAAAACCCAUUUAUGGUGGCUGGCUGCUCCUGGCUCCAGAUGGCACUGACUUUGACAACCCAGUGCACAGGUCACGGAAAUGGCAGCGACGAUUCUUCAUCCUUUAUGAGCAUGGCCUCUUGCGAUAUGCCCUGGAUGAGAUGCCCACCACCCUCCCUCAGGGCACCAUCAACAUGAACCAGUGCACAGAUGUGGUGGAUGGGGAGGCCCGCACAGGGCAGAAGUUCUCCCUCUGCAUCCUGACACCUGACAAGGAACAUUUUAUCAGGGCAGAAACCAAGGAGAUCAUCAGUGGGUGGUUAGAGAUGCUCAUGGUGUAUCCUCGAACCAACAAGCAGAACCAGAAGAAGAAACGGAAAGUAGAGCCACCUACCCCACAGGAGCCUGGGCCUGCUAAGAUGGCUGUCACUAGCAGUAGUGGCGGCAGCAGUGGUAGCAGCAGCAGCAUUCCCAGUGCUGAGAAAGUCCCCACCACCAAAUCCACACUCUGGCAGGAAGAAAUGAGAGCCAAAGACCAACCUGAUGGGACCAGCCUGAGUCCAGCUCAAAGUCCCAGCCAAAGCCAGCCUCCUGCUGCUUGCACCCCACGGGAACCAGGACUAGAAAGCAAAGAAGAUGAAAGCACCAUAAGUGGGGACCGUGUGGAUGGUGGUCGGAAAGUACGGGUAGAGAGCGGCUACUUCUCCCUGGAGAAGGCCAAGCAGGACCUGAGGGCUGAGGAGCAGCUGCCCCCACUACUCUCCCCACCCAGCCCCAGCACCCCACACAGCAGGUAUGGUUGUCCUGGAUCGCCCUCACAGGAACUCAGCCACCCCCUUCACUCCCCAGGUCUUCCAGCCCCAAGCCGAAUGGUCUACAGCAUCUGCCCUGCCAGCCUGGGUGAGGCCAGCAGGCCGCCCAACCACAUGGACUCCAGCAGUGCUGGGGGGUGGGGAGCAGAGGUACUGGGGAGCACCUUUGCCUUUAAAGCCAGCAGGCAGUAUGCCGCCCUGGCCGACGUCCCUAAGGCCAUCCGGAUCAGCCAUCGAGACGCCUUCCAGGUGGAGAGAAGGCGGUUGGAGCAUAGGACUCGGGCCCGGAGCCCUGGCAGGGAAGAGGUGGCCCGUCUAUUUGGCAACGAGCGGAGGAGGUCCCAGGUAAUUGAGAAAUUUGAGGCCUUGGACAUUGAAAAAGCAGAGCACAUGGAAACCAACAUGCUGAUUCUGACCACUCCAUCAAGUGACACUCGUCAGGGCCGCAGUGAGAGACGGGCCAUCCCUAGAAAGCGGGACUUUGCCAGCGAAGCCCCCACAGCUCCUCUCUCAGAUGCUUGUCCCCUGUCUCCACACCGAAGAGCCAAGUCAUUGGACAGGAGGUCCACAGAAUCCUCCAUGACGCCUGACCUGCUGAAUUUCAAGAAAGGCUGGCUAACCAAGCAGUAUGAGGAUGGCCAGUGGAAGAAACACUGGUUUGUCCUGGCAGAUCAGAGCCUGAGAUACUACAGGGAUUCCGUGGCUGAGGAGGCAGCUGACCUAGAUGGAGAAAUUGACUUGUCCACUUGCUAUGAUGUCACUGAGUAUCCAGUCCAGAGAAACUAUGGCUUUCAGAUACAUACCAAGGAGGGUGAGUUCACCCUGUCAGCCAUGACAUCUGGCAUACGACGGAACUGGAUCCAGACCAUUAUGAAACAUGUGCUCCCAACAUCUGCCCCAGAUGUGACCAGCUCAUUGCCUGAGGGAAAGAAUAAAAGCACAUCUUUUGAGACCUGCUCAAGGCCAACUGAGAAGCAAGAAGCUGAACCAGGAGAGCCAGAUCCUGAACAAAAGAAGAGCCGUGCUCGAGAGCGGAGGCGGGAGGGUCGCUCCAAGACCUUUGACUGGGCUGAAUUUCGCCCUAUCCAACAGGCCCUGGCUCAAGAAAGGGCCAGCACUGUUGGGUCUUCUGAUUCUGGUGACCCUGGGUGUCUUGAAGCCGAGUCAGGUGAGCUGGAGCGUGAACGAGCUCGACGUCGAGAAGAACGCCGCAAGCGCUUUGGGAUGCUGGACACCAUUGAUGGACCAGGAAUGGAGGACACAGCCCUACGUAUGGACAUUGACCGGAGCCCAGGGCUGCUGGGAACCCCUGACCUCAAGACACAGAAUGUCCACGUGGAAAUUGAGCAGCGUUGGCAUCAAGUGGAGACCACCCCUCUCAGGGAGGAGAAACAGGUGCCCAUUGCCCCUCUGCACCUAUCCUUGGAGGACAGAAGUGAGCGGCUCUCCACACAUGAGCUCACCUCUCUGCUAGAGAAGGAGCUGGAGCAGAGCCAGAAAGAAGCCUCGGAUCUUCUAGAGCAGAACCGGCUUCUGCAGGACCAGUUAAGGGUGGCCCUGGGCAGAGAACAGAGUGCCCGGGAGGGCUAUGUGCUGCAGACUGAAGUGGCCACUUCUCCAUCGGGUGCCUGGCAGAGGCUCCAUAGAGUCAACCAAGACCUGCAAAGUGAGCUGGAAGCUCAGUGCCGGCGGCAGGAGCUCAUCACACAGCAGAUUCAGACCCUGAAACACAGCUAUGGGGAGGCCAAGGAUGCAAUCCGCCACCAUGAGGCUGAGAUUCAGACCCUGCAGACGAGACUUGGUAAUGCCGCUGCAGAGCUGGCCAUUAAGGAGCAGGCUCUAGCCAAGCUCAAGGGUGAGCUGAAGAUGGAGCAGGGCAAGGUUCGUGAGCAGCUGGAGGAGUGGCAGCACAGCAAGGCCAUGCUGAGUGGCCAGCUGAGGGCCAGCGAGCAGAAACUCAGAAGUACAGAAGCCCGGCUGUUAGAGAAGACACAGGAACUCAGAGACCUGGAAACACAACAGGCAUUGCAACGGGAUCGACAGAAGGAGGUGCAGAGGCUGCAGGAAUGCAUUGCUGAGCUCAGCCAACAGCUGGGUACCAGUGAGCAAGCCCAGCGUCUGAUGGAGAAGAAGUUAAAGAGGAACUAUACAUUGUUGCUGGAGAGCUGUGAGCAAGAAAAGCAGGCACUGCUGCAGAACCUGAAGGAAGUAGAGGAUAAGGCCAGUGCCUAUGAGGAUCAGCUACAAGGCCAUGUGCAGCAGGUGGAGGCCCUCCAGAAAGAGAAGCUGAGUGAAACGUGCAAAGGCAGCGAGCAGGUACAUAAGCUAGAGGAAGAGCUGGAGGCCCGAGAGGCCAGUAUCCGCCAGUUAGCCCAGCAUGUACAGAGCCUCCAUGAUGAACGGGAUCUCAUCAAGCAUCAGUUUCAAGAGCUCAUGGAACGUGUGGCCACAUCCGAUGGGGAUGUGGCUGAGCUCCAAGAGAAGCUGAGGGGAAAGGAAGUUGACUACCAGAACCUCGAGCACUCGCACCACAGGGUCUCUGUCCAGCUACAGAGCGUGCGCACUCUGCUGAGAGAAAAGGAGGAGGAGCUGAAGCACAUUAAGGAAGCACAUGAGAGAGUUCUGGAAAAGAAAGACCAAGACCUCAAUGAGGCUUUAGUUAAAAUGAUUGCCUUGGGCAGCAGCUUAGAGGAAACAGAAAUUAAGCUGCAGGAAAAGGAAGAGUGUCUAAGGAGGUUUGUGAGUGAUUCUCCAAAGGAUGCCAAGGAGCCUCUGAGUACCACAGAGCCAACAGAAGAGGGCAGUGGCAUUUUGCCCUUAGGCUCAGUCACCAGAGUAUUUCCUGGCUUUCCUCACUCUCAGCCAGAGGAUGAAGAUCCAAGUGCUGGCCUGGGGGAAGAAGGGAGCAGUGGCAGCCUCAGCAGAGAGGAGAACACCAUACCCUCAAAGUCAGCUGAUAUGCCUGAGAGGGAGGGGCAUCUGCAGAGCACAUCUAAGUCUGAUCAAGGAGCCCCUAUAAAAAGGCCAAGAAUCAGGUUCUCCACAAUCCAGUGUCAAAGAUACAUACACCCUGAGGGGUGUGCAAAGGCAUGGACUAGCAGCACAUCAUCAGAUACCAGCCAGGACCAGUCACCCUCAGAGGAUAGUGUGUCCUCAGAAGCUACCCCUAACACACUCCCAGCAGCUGCAGAUGCUGAAACCUACAUCUCUAUAAUCCACUCUCUGGAGACGAAGCUCUAUGUCACAGAGGAAAAGCUCAAAGAUGUGACUGUGAGGCUGGAAAGCCAGCAGGGGCAGAGUCAGGAGGCAUUGCUUGCACUGCACCAGCAGUGGGCUGGCACAGAGGCACAGUUGCGAGAGCAACUCCGUGCCAGCCUGCUACAGGCUAGCGCUCUGGCCUCUCAGCUAGAGCAGGAAAGACAACAGAAGGCCACGAACAUCGAACACCACCCUGGGGAGCUGGAAGACUUCCAAGCCAAAAAUAGCCAAGCCCUGACAUGCUUAGAAAACUGCUGGAAAAAGCUAAGGUCUUUGCCAUGGGCUGACCAGGAGGAGGGCCAGGAUGCAUGUGCAGCCUCCCUGGCUAACAUAGAGAGUAUGCUUGUGAGUGCCAUCAAGGCCCUUCAACCAUGGGCUUCCCCUGCAGAGAGCAGGACGCAGGCUGAGCAAGAGAAGGAGCACCCCAUGGAAAGUGGUAUGGCAGCCCCUGUGCAGCAGCCCUGUCAGCCCAUCUUGAAUGAGCAGGAACACAGGAAGCUGCUUUCUGCUCAGAUAGUCCUGGAGGCCUCACUCAUCAACCAGAUAGCUGACUCUCUAAAAAAUACCACUUCAGAUGUCUAUGGUGUUCUCUGUGAGCUUACUCAGUCAGGGGAGUGGCCACUGAAGGAAGAAAGUGCUGCCCCUUCUGCUGGGCCUCCAGUGGAGAUCUGGGCCAAGAAGGUACUGGUGAAUGGUGAGUUCUGGAGCCAGGUCGAGUCACUAAGUAAACACCUAGGAACACUGGGAGAAGAAACAGCCUGCACAUCAGGAGACAGGCAGCAGCAUACUCCCCAAAGUCUGGCUGAUGCCACAUGGAUUCGUGCAGAGCUCAGCUAUGCCACACAAUCAGUAAGAGAAUUGUUCCACCAUAGGCUGCAGAGCAUACAGGAAACCCUACAAGGGACCCAGGCAGCCCUACAGCAGCACAAGUGCAUGCUGGGAGAAAUCUUGGGAGCCUACCAAACCCCAGACUUUGAAAGAGUAAUACAGCAGAUCUUAGAAACCCUCAGGCAUCCAACUGGCAGGGAGGACCAGGUACAGACAUCCUGGGACCAGAACCCAUUAGGAGAGAUACUGAGGCCAGGCACAGAUGGCUCCCAAGAGCCUUUGCAGGCUUUGCAUCAGAGCCCUGAAGUCCUUGCUGCCAUUCAGGAUGAGCUGGCCCAGCAGCUAAGAGAAAAGGCUAGCAUCCUUGAGGAGAUUUCAGCUGCCUUGCCAGUCCUACCUCCCACAGAGCCACUUGGGGGUUGCCAGAGGCUUCUGCGGAUGUCCCAGCAUCUCUCAUAUGAUGCUUGUCUAGAGGGCCUUGGUCAGUAUUCUUCAUUACUGGUUCAAGAUGCAAUUAUUCAAGCUCAAGUGUGCUAUGCAGCAUGCAGAAUUCGGCUGGAGUAUGAAAAAGAGCUGAGAUUUUACAAGAAGGCCUGUCAGGAGGCUAGUGGGGCUUCAGGCCAGAAACGUGCACAAGCAGUUGGGGCCCUGAAGGAAGAGUAUGAAGAACUUCUCCACAAGCAGAAGAGUGAGUACCAGAAGGUUAUCACCCUCAUUGAAAAAGAAAACACUGAGCUCAAGGCCAAAGUGAGCCAGAUGGACCAUCAGCAAAGAUGUCUACAAGAAGCAGAAAACAAACACAGUGAGAGCAUGUUUGCCCUACAGGGCAGGUAUGAAGAGGAGAUCAGGUGCAUGGUGGAACAGCUGAGCCACACUGAAAAUACCCUGCAGGCUGAGCGUAGCCGAGUUCUCAGCCAGCUAGAUGCCUCAGUCAAAGACAGGCAGGCCAUGGAACAGCAUCAUGUGCAGCAAAUGAAGAUGCUGGAGGACAGGUUCCAGCUGAAGGUUCGGGAGCUACAGGCUGUUCAUCAGGAGGAACUGAGGGCCUUGCAGGAACACUACAUAUGGAGCCUGCGGGGAGCCCUCAGCCUCUACCAACCCUCACACCCAGAUUCCACACUGGCCCCUGGGCCAUCUGAGCCCAGAGCUGUGCCAGCAGCCAAGGAUGAGGCCGAGUCCAUGUCCGGGCUGCGAGAACGUAUCCAGGAGCUGGAAGCCCAAAUGGGUGUCAUGCGAGAGGAGCUGGGCCACAAAGAGCUGGAGGGUGAUGUGGCCGCCCUGCAGGAGAAGUACCAGCGGGACUUUGAGAGUCUCAAGGCUACAUGUGAGCGAGGCUUUGCCGCCAUGGAGGAGACACAUCAGAAGAAGAUUGAAGAUCUACAGAGGCAACACCAGCGGGAGCUAGAGAAGCUGCGGGAGGAAAAAGACCGCCUCCUGGCUGAGGAGACAGCUGCCACCAUAUCAGCCAUUGAAGCCAUGAAGAAUGCUCACCGAGAGGAGAUGGAACGAGAGUUAGAGAAGAGCCAGCGGUCUCAGAUCAGCAGCAUCAAUUCAGACAUAGAAGCCCUGAGGCGACAGUACCUGGAGGAGCUGCAGUCAGUGCAGCGGGAGCUGGAAGUCCUUUCAGAGCAGUACUCCCAGAAGUGCCUGGAGAAUGCACACCUAGCCCAGGCGCUGGAGGCCGAGCGUCAGGCCCUUCGGCAAUGCCAGCGUGAGAACCAGGAGCUCAACGCCCACAACCAGGAGCUGAAUAACCGCCUGGCUGCGGAGAUCACACGGUUGCGGACACUACUGACUGGAGACGGUGGCGGGGAGUCCACUGGGUUGCCUCUCACACAGGGCAAGGAUGCCUAUGAGUUAGAGGUCUUGUUGCGGGUCAAAGAGUCAGAAAUUCAGUACCUGAAACAGGAGAUCAGCUCCCUCAAGGAUGAACUCCAGACAGCCCUGCGGGAUAAGAAGUAUGCUAGUGACAAGUACAAAGACAUCUACACUGAGCUCAGCAUUGCCAAGGCCAAGGCUGACUGCGACAUCAGCAGGCUGAAGGAGCAGCUGAAAGCAGCCACAGAGGCCCUGGGCGAGAAAUCUCCUGAAGGCACUACUGUGUCAGGAUACGACAUAAUGAAAUCUAAAAGCAAUCCUGACUUCCUGAAGAAAGACAGAUCCUGUGUUACCCGGCAACUCAGAAACAUCAGGUCCAAGAGUCUGAAGGAAGGCCUGACGGUGCAGGAGCGCUUGAAGCUCUUUGAAUCCAGGGACUUGAAGAAAGAUUAGCUGCAUCCAUUCCACUGACACAUCCUUCCCAGCUGGUGACAGCACAAGCCAAGCCUGGUUUUCAUCUGCAUCUGUGCUUUCUCAUUGUUGCUGUCAUUAACUGUGGGUAUGGAUGCAUGAGAGACUGCUGUGGGGUGUUUGCUCCAUUCCCUCCCUGUUAAUUCCAACUUCCUGUUGUCUUUAUCACAGCUUUUUUCCCAUGGUAUUCUCAGAUUAGUCACGCGCAAGCAGUAGAGUGGGGCGGUUUCCCCGCUGAUACCUGAGCAGCCCCCUUGUCCUCCCAGCACACUCACUGUCAGUAUUAAGGCACAGCAGCCUGUUAAUAAGCUAGCCCUGCCUCAGAGUGCACGUGGGGACCUGCCAGUGGCUCUGCUCUGCCGCACACAGUGGAGCACCACCCUUGAUGGUCAGAGCAGAGCCACCGAAUGUUGUAGGCUGGCCUGAUUUCUGAGGGGCCUAGGAGAGUGUCCAGCCUGGCCCACUUCCUUUUGAUGUGGGAGGAAGACAGCAUUUUGUACCUGGCCACUGAUACAGCUUAGAACCAUACCCAGAUAAUCCUGGCAAAUCCUUCACAACCUGGAAAAUGUUGAAAGCAACCAUUCCUAUUUUGGUUUUUUAUUAAAUCUUGCACAAAAGCCCCGA